GAAUACGAAUCAAACGAGAUACGAAGCCAUAUUAAACUCCAAUUACUCUAAUUUAAAAAUACGGUCGAUCUAUUUUUAAACUUUCGAUAAUUUUCAUCAAAAUGAGUCACGAAACAAAAUCCGUGGUUUUUUCUGAAUGCAAAAAUGAGAGCAGGGAAAUUAACAUUCGUAAAAAGCGAACAUUUUUCUACGCUUUAUGGUUGAUAACGGAACAAGUGUCAGUCAGUACGGAGUAUUUGGCUGAUUAGUUGGCGGUCAUUCGUUUAUUUGUUUGUAAAUAUUUAAUUGUUUAUUCGUAAUGCCUCCGUUCGCGGCGACUCUACCGAAAGAGCAGGAUAUUCCUGCGGGUGCUGGAGUAAAUACUAUUUUAUUAGGACCGCCUGGAUGUGGAAAAGGAACUCAGGCUCCCAAAUUCGUGGCAAAAUUCUCGUUAUGUCAUUUAUCCACUGGUGAUAUGUUGCGAAAUGAAGUAUCUUCCGGGUCAGCUUUAGGACAAGAUUUGAAGAAAGUUAUGGAUGCUGGUAAACUUGUCAGUGACGAUCAUGUCGUUAAUUUGAUCAACAAUAACUUAGACCGGCCUGAAUGUCAAGCUGGAUUCAUAUUGGAUGGUUUUCCGCGUAAUGUAACUCAAGCACAAAAAUUGGACCAGUUAUUAGAAAAACGUAAGACUGAGCUGGACGCUGUGGUGGAAUUCCAAAUUGAUGAUAGUUUGCUGGUUAGACGGAUCACUGGUAGAUUAAUACAUCCUAAAAGUGGACGCUCAUAUCACGAAGAAUUCAAUCCGCCAAAAAAUUAUAUGAAAGACGAUAUCACGGGAGAACCUUUAAUUAAAAGAUCUGAUGAUAAUGCUGAAACGUUGAAAAAACGAUUGCAAACCUAUCACGAACAAACCACUCCUCUUAUCGACUAUUAUUCCAAAAAAGGGAUUCAUUACAGUAUAGAUGCGGCUAAACCGCCAGAACAAGUGUUCGGCAUGAUAAAUAAAAUUUUCACCGAUUGUAUUUUAUAUCGCCAGAAAGAUCGUGUCGCGUUUGUGUAAUCAAUUUGUACAAAAUUAAUCAGUUUUGACUACUCUUCCUACGAAAUUAGUUCGUGUUUUGUUUUGGAUAUGGCAUACAAAUUUAUAUAAAAUGGGAAAAUGAUUUUUAUUUGUACUUAAAAAAAUAACAUUAAAUAAAACCAACGAUAUUAUUUGUA